AAACAGGAAAUUUGACCAACUGAAAGGGACUCGAGAGUAAAUUCCAUUCCAAGAGCCAUUAUGAUAUCUGCAACAGCCCCCCUUCAAUCCCACCAACAAAAGCUAAAUCAGAAAUAAAAAGAGAAUUUCUUUUAGUUUCCUGCAAAAACGAACAGCUACAGCAACUGCUGCUUUCUUGAAUUUUACAUUUCUAUUUUUUCCCCCAAAAAAGAGAGUGAGAAAUAAAUAAAGGGUAAAAAAAGGGUAGGAAAAAGAAAGAAGACGAGGGGUUCUUUUUUUCUCAUUAUUGUGGUAUGGAGUUAUAGAUGGUAAAGGGGGAAGAAAUUGAAGGAAAGAUUCUUUCUUGGGGAUCUGACAUUUGUAUCCUGCUCUACUGGGCUGCAAAAAAAUGUCUCAAACCAACUGGGAAGCUGACAAAAUGUUGGAUGUCUAUAUUCACGAUUAUUUAGUGAAGAGAGAUUUGAAGGCUACUGCUCAGGCUUUCCAAACCGAAGGAAAAGUAUCAUCCGAUCCUGUUGCUAUCGAUGCUCCUGGCGGUUUUCUCUUCGAAUGGUGGUCUGUCUUUUGGGAUAUUUUCAUUGCCAGGACCAAUGAGAAGCAUUCCGAAGUUGCUGCAUCUUAUAUCGAGACUCAGUCAAUGAAGGCAAGGGAGCAACAGCAGCAGCAACAGCAGCCACCACAGUCGCAGCACCAACACCAGCAACAGCAGCAACUGCAGAUGCAGCAGCUUUUACUGCAGCGGCAAGCUCAGCAGCAGCAACAGCAACAACAACAACAACAGCAGCAGCAACAGCAGCAACAACAACAGCAGCAUCAGCAGCAGCAACAUCAGCAGCAGCAGCAGCAACAUCAACAACAACAGCAACAGCAGCAGCAGCAGCAGCAGCAACAGCAACAACAGCAGCAGCAGCAGCAACAAGCACAUCAGCAGCAGCAGCAACGGCGUGAGGGCGGCCACCUCUUGAAUGGAUCAGCUAAUGGGAUUGUUGGGAAUGAUCCUCUCAUGAGACAAAAUCCCGGAACUGCCAAUGCUUUGGCAACAAAGAUGUACGAAGAGAAAUUAAAGCUCCCCGUUCAGAGGGAUUCCUUGGACGAUGCAGCCUUAAAGCAAAGAUUUGGGGACAACGUAGGCCAGCUUUUGGAUCCUAACCAUGCUUCAAUCUUGAAGUCAGCUGCAGCAGCUGGCCAGCCAUCUGGGCAAAUGCUGCACAGUUCUGCCGGUGGAGUAUCUCCCCAAGUUCAAGGAAGAAGCCAGCAAUUUCCAGGGUCUACACCAGACAUCAAAACUGAAAUGAAUCCUAUCCUCAAUCCAAGAGCUGCUGGCCCUGAAGGAUCGCUGAUUGGAAUCCCUGGGUCAAAUCAAGGUGGUAACAAUUUGACGUUGAAAGGAUGGCCUUUAACUGGUCUCGAUCAGCUUCGUUCUGGUCUUCUCCAGCAGCCAAAGUCAUUUAUGCCGGGUCCUCAACCGUUUCACCAACUGCAGAUGCUAACGCCUCAGCACCAGCAGCAGCUUAUGCUGGCACAGCAGAGUCUGACUUCCCCGUCUGCCAAUGAUGUCGAGAGCAGAAGGCUGAGGAUGCUUCUGAAUAACCGAAGUCUGUCUAUGGGGAAAGAUGGGCUCUCUAAUUCAGUUGGGGAUGUAGUUCCUAAUAUUGGAUCCCCACUGCAAGCUGGUUGCCCGGUUUUGCCUCGUGCAGACCCAGAGAUUUUGAUGAAGAUGAAGAUUGCACAAAUGCAGCAGCAGCAACAACAGCAGCAGCAACAGCAAAACAAUAACCAAACGCUACAGCAGCAACACCCACAGCAUAGUCUCUCGGGUCAGCAGCCUCAGAGUUCUAACCACAAUCUCCAGCAAGACAAAAUUAUGGGUGGCGGCAGUGUUACGGGUGACGGUAGCAUGUCGAAUUCCUUCCGAGGAAAUGAUCAGGCUUCUAAAAACCAGUCCGGAAGAAAACGAAAGCAACCUGUAUCAUCUUCUGGCCCUGCUAAUAGCUCGGGGACUGCGAACACUGCUGGUCCUUCUCCCAGUUCGGCUCCAUCGACGCCCUCAACGCAUACACCUGGGGAUGUCAUGUCUAUGCCUAAUAUGCCACACAGUGGUAGUUCUUCGAAGCCUCUGAUGAUGUUUGGAUCUGAUAACACCGGUACCCUUACAUCACCAUCUAACCAGUUGUGGGACGAUAAAGAUCUUGCGCAAGCUGACAUGGAUCGUUUUGUGGAUGAUGUUGAAGACAAUGUGGAGUCUUUUUUAUCGCAUGAUGAUGCCGACCCCCGAGAUGCAGUUGGUCGUUGUAUGGAUGUUAGCAAAGGGUUUACAUUUGCGGAGGUUAACUCUGUUCGCGCUAGUUCAAGUAAAGUCGUGUGUUGCCACUUCUCGUCAGACGGGAAGUUACUUGCCAGUGGCGGUCAUGACAAAAAGGCUGUUUUGUGGUUCACGGACGCUUUGAAGCCAAAAACUACACUUGAGGAACACACAUCGCUUAUUACUGAUGUUCGUUUCAGCCCUAGCAUGGCUCGCCUUGCCACAUCAUCAUUCGACAAGACCGUCCGAGUCUGGGAUGUGGAAAAUCCUUCGUAUUCUCUUCGGACCUUCACCGGGCACUCUUCUGGUGUGAUGUCGUUGGACUUCCACCCGAACAAAGAUGAUCUCAUCUGUUCCUGCGACGGUGACGGUGAAAUAAGAUACUGGAGUAUCAACAAUGGUAGCUGCGCACGAGUUUUCAAGGGUGGAACUUCCCAAGUGAGAUUCCAACCCCGACUUGGACGGUAUCUCGCAGCAGCUGCUGAAAAUGUCGUGUCGAUAUUGGAUACCGAGACGCAAGCCUGCCGGCAUUCAUUAAAGGGUCACACGAAACCUAUCCAUUCCGUGUGCUGGGACCCGUCGGGAGAUCUCCUGGCAUCAGUGAGCGAGGACUCUGUGAGGGUGUGGACGAUGAGGUCCGGGAAUGAAGGGGAGUGCGUGCACGAGCUCAGCUGCAACGGCAACAAAUUCCACUCUUGCGUUUUCCACCCGACCUACUCCUCGUUGCUUGUCAUCGGUUGUUAUCAGUCUCUGGAGCUGUGGAACAUGACGGAGAACAAGACGAUGACGCUAUCCGCUCACGACGGGCUGAUCGCGUCGCUGGCUGUCUCCUCCGUGGCCGGUGUCGUCGCGUCCGCCAGCCACGACAAGAUCGUGAAGCUGUGGAAAUGAUUGAUGAGAUAAUACGUAGCUUUUGUCGACCGAUGUAUUCUGUGUUGUCUGAUUUUGUAAUUUUAUUUUUAUUUUUAUUUUUUAUUUUCUUGAUAGGUUUUUAUGGAAACCAACUUGUAGGUUUAGAAACUAACUGUUAAUCUCUUAUGUUGUUUCUGCUACUAAGUAAUUUGACUCUCUACACAAUUACUAAGAAUGCAUGAAUUUCUCUUCUUUAUUUA